GGCGACGAAGGGACGUCGCGUCACUGCGCCGGGUCUCGAGCAGCUGCUGCGGAGCCGCCGGACGGACCGCCGCCCCCGCCCGCCGCGCCAUGGCCGAGAGCGACUGGGACACCGUGACAGUGCUGCGCAAGAAGGGCCCCACAGCCGCCCAGGCCAAGUCCAAGCAGGCCAUCUUAGCAGCUCAGAGACGAGGAGAAGAUGUGGAGACUUCCAAGAAAUGGGCUGCGGGCCAGAACAAACAGCACUCGAUCACCAAGAACACAGCCAAGCUGGACCGGGAGACGGAGGAGCUGCACCAUGACAGGGUGACCCUGGAAGUGGGCAAAGUCAUCCAGCAGGGCCGGCAGAGCAAGGGGCUCACGCAGAAGGACCUGGCCACGAAAAUCAACGAAAAGCCGCAAGUGAUCGCAGACUAUGAGAGUGGACGGGCCAUUCCCAAUAACCAGGUUCUGGGCAAAAUCGAGAGGGCCAUUGGCCUCAAGCUCCGGGGGAAGGACAUUGGAAAGCCCAUCGAGAAGGGGCCCAGGGCGAAGUGAGCACAAAGCCUCGAAAUCAGCGUGUGCCAGCUGAUCUCGUCUGGCUGGUGCCCUCAACUGCCAGCACCGACGUGCGCCUCCUCGCUUGGCUGAGCGGAGCGCGGGGUUAGGCUUGCGGGCCCCUCCCCAACCCACACCUGCUGUCAAACUAAGAAAAUCUUGCAAACUA